AUGCCUUUCAGCGCGCAAGACACGGCUAGGUACCGUGAAGAUGUGCGCAGUGACGGCAAAGCCUUGAAAGCCACAGAGCGAGAACAGCUCCUCAAGCCCUACCUACCCUCGCCGCCCACAAGCCCCUCGAAGACGCAAGACAGUGAAGGUGUGCCCUCGAGAUACAAGUCGGCAGAACCGUCCCGCUUUGGUGUCAGGGGAUUUCUUCGGGAGCAGCUCUACAAGUUCACCUACGCCUUGAUUCACAUCAUUUUCUCCUUCUACAUCCGAUUACGCAUUGCAUACCACGCUCUGUCGUUACAUGUCGUCUCGGUCCUGAGCUACCAUCACCGCACGCCCGAGUAUAUUGCCCGGGAUGUUCGCACGCUGAAGAAGAAGCCAAGGCAUGUCUCUAUAAUCAUGUCUUUGGAGGAGGGCGGAAAACGCGGGGAUGCCAAGGUGAAACUUCUUAAUGACGUUGCAGACAUUACGGCAUGGUGCGCCUCGGCGGGCAUUCCAAUCUUGACGAUCUAUGAAAAGACGGGCAUUCUCAAGGACAAUAUGGAGAGCGAACGUCGUGAAAUAUCGAGGAGGUUGCAAGACUGGUUCGGCAAAUAUCAAGCACCUGCUCUCCACAUGCAUUCGCCCAACAUGCCACUUCUUGCGCCGCCCAACUACCGCAGCAGCGCAAAGGGCGGCUUUAAUACGGUAGACGGCACGGUUUCCAAGAUGGGUGUGAACAUCAUAUCCGCCGAAGAUGGCCGUGAUUCUGUUGUGGAUCUGACCAAGGUUCUUACCGAGAUGUCACAGCGAGGCAAGCUUCGCCCAGAAGAGGUCACAAUGAAUGUCAUUGACCAAGAGCUACGACAAGUCUUGCAGGAGCCUGAUCUCCUCAUCUCAUUUGCGCCUUGGGUUGACCUGCAAUCGUACCCGCCCUGGCAGAUUCGACUUACGGAGAUCUACUGCGAGCCUGACAACCAGGGAGUCAGCUACCAGGUAUUCCUGAAUGCGCUACGGAGAUACUCGAGCGCUACUUUCAAGCUCGGAAAGUAG